GGUCUUUCGCUUGACCUCUAUUGUAUUUUGGAGAUCCUCUUCCAGGCUUCGUGAAGCCUCGGCGGUCUCAGAUCUGCCGGGGUUCGCUGUGAAUCCGGUGCGUUUCGGAAGUCUGAAUCUUCUGGCUUUAUCGCGGUCAAGAAAUGGGGAAUGGGGCAGUGGCUUUGGGGUUGGAAGAUAGAGAAGUGAUUGAUAGUGAGCAUCCGGCGACGCUUGCUGCGCCAAUUGCUGGCGGCGAAGUUUGCGGCGAGGGGGACUGCGGGGAAGGGACUGGUACUUCUUCCGAUGUAGACGAUGGAGCUAGCGAUUCUUCAGGCAAAUCUUCGGACCUUUAUGCCUCCGACUUAUGGGUCACUCGCUCUUGGACAUCGUCUCAGCUAGGGUUGGAGUAUUGUGGUGCUGAACAAUUGAGGUCUAAUAGCUGCAGUUUGUUGUUUAAAGGGCCCGAGCUUACUUUGCCUAGGUCAAAACUACAAAGAAAAGAGAUUCCGAAGUAUGACUUGAAAUUGGACAGGCUGUCAGAGAGAGAAAAGCAAAAGAUAAUUGAAGAUCUAAUAAGGAUCCAGAAUGAUGGUACAGUGGAGGUAGAUGUUACCCGAACUGCUCCUGUAGCAUCAGAACUUCUGGAGUUUGAUGGUUUUGAUUCUGCACCAGAAGAUGUCGAAGGGAAUGCUUCUCAGAUCAGAAAAUCAAUUCCGAGACUAAUGAUAGCAAUGCUUGUAGUUGGAACAAGAGGAGAUGUGCAACCUUUUAUAGCUUUUGCAAAGAAGCUUCAGGAGUUUGGUCAUCAUGUUAGAUUGGCAACUCAUGUGAACUUCUGUAGUUUUGUAAGAUCAUUUGGUCUGGAAUUUUAUCCUUUGGGUGGCAAUCCACGAGUAAUGGCUGGAUAUAUGGCACGAAACAAGGGUUUUAUAUUAUCAGGACCUGGAGAAAUUAAUGUUCAAAGGAAACAACUGAAGGAGAUAAUUGAUUCUCUACUCCCAGCAUGCACAGAACCUGAUUUGGUUACUGGGAUGCCUUUUAGAGCACAAGCAAUUAUUGCAAAUCCUCCUGCUUAUGGACAUUUGCAUGUUGCUGAAGCCCUUGGUGUACCUCUCCACAUCUUCUUCACAAUGCCAUGGACGCCAACUAAUGAAUUCCCACAUCCAUUUGCUCGUGUGCCUCAGAGUGCAGCAUACAGACUAUCUUAUCAUAUUCUGGACGUAAUAGUCUGGUGGGGUAUAAGGGGAUUUAUUAAUGACUUCAGAAAAAGGAAGUUGAAGUUGCCUCCGAUUGCUUACUUCAGUACAUAUCAUGGCUCUAUAUCACAUUUGCCAACAGGAUACAUGUGGAGUCCCCACCUUGUACCUAAGCCAAGUGAUUGGGGUGCAUUAGUUGAUGUUGUUGGUUUCUGUUUCUUGAACAAUGGAAUUAAGUAUCAACCAAAAAAGGAUUUUCAACAAUGGCUUCAACAGGGUCCAAAGCCCAUAUACAUUGGUUUUGGCAGUGUGCCUCUUGAAGAUGCAAGGAAGACAACGACUAUCAUUUUAGAAGCACUAAAAUAUGCGGGACAAAGGGGGAUCAUUAGCCGUGGAUGGGGAGACCUUGGAUGCUUCGAUGAAGUCCCCACUGAUGUCUAUCUUCUUGGAGAUUGCCCUCAUGAUUGGCUAUUUCCUUAUUGUGCUGCAGUGGUUCACCAUGGUGGUGCUGGUACUACUGCUUCUGGACUAAGAGCUGGGUGCCCAACCGCAAUUAUUCCUUUCUUUGGUGAUCAAUUUUUCUGGGGUGAGAGGAUUCAUGCAAUAGGGGUUGGACCUGCACCGAUUCCAAUAUCCGAGCUCACCGUGGAACGCCUUGCAAAUGCAAUAAAAUUUAUGCUUAAACCAGAGGUCAAAUUGCGUGCUAUGGAGUUGGCAAAGCAGAUACAGAAUGAAGAUGGUGUAACUGCUGCAGUAAAUGCAUUCCACAAAAAUUUGCCUCCUGAAAUACCAAUAACCAAUGGCACAGAUGAAGAACCUAGAAAUCCCAUUCAAUGGCUGGUUCAGUUCUUGGAGAAAUACUUCUGUCUUCCACAAUAAUUAUAGUCAUUCCUGGACUUCAUCUGUACAUAUCAGUUCAUCUAUUUCUUGGUUCUUGGCUAGAAUUUGGUUAUUUAGUUAUCAUUUAUUUCCUUGUGAAUAUGGAGGCGAGGGUGAUAAAGAAGUUACUUAGUUUUCAUUAAGCUUCAUAGUGCUUGAGUGAUUUGUGCGGUCUGGCUGCUUGUUCAAUUUUCGUGUGCAUUGAUGUGAGAACUGUUACUAAUGACUUGAAAUCAUUCCAUUGCUUGAUGAGGCUUAGCUGGGUUCA